AUUUAACAAUGAUAAUAACAAAUUAUUCAUUAUAACAAUUAAACAAUAUACCUUUGGAUAUGUUAAUUGAAUUUUUAUUAAUUUUAUUGUUAUUUAAUAAAUCAAUUACUAACCCAUUGAAAAAUCAAUUAUUCUAUGAAUUAAAACAAAAUGAACAUGAUCAUAAAUAUGAUAUUCCAAUAGAUAAUAAAGAAAUAGAAUUAUCUUGUUUAUAUGGUACUCAAUGGUUUAUUCCUUCAACUAUACCAUACAAAUUUAAACCAAUAAUUAUAGUUAAUCAAAGAAAAAAUCAAAGUAAACUAUUAAUUAAAUUACCAGAGAAUAAUGUAUUACGUACUAAUUUUCGUGGAUUAUAUCAAUGUUGUCAAUCUUUAAAUUAUGAAAAUAUGGGAAUAAUAAACUGGUUUCCAAAUGAACCAUCUUGUUGCCCAUGUUGUCCAUGGUAUGAACAAGAUCAAUGUUUAUUUAAACAAAGUAAAUUAAGAAAUAAUUCAAGUGUUGUAAUAAAAUUAAGAAAUAAUACAAUAAAUUGUGGUAGUGUUUUUCUCUAUACAAAUUCAGUUAACAUGAACACUGUUCAUUUGGAUGUUAUACGUGAUCAACCUAUGCUUAUACCAUGUCCUGGAUUAAAUAGUACAUUUAAAGAAGAUUCUUCAGUAUUUUGGAUUGAUUAUCAAUUAACACCUCAUAAAUCAAGUCGUCAAAUAUGGUAUCCAUUUAAACGAUUAGAAAAAAAUCAGUUUCAUUCAAUUCUUUAUUAUUAUGAUAAUCGGUUUGGUGUAUGUCUUUUAAAAUCACAAUUUCCACGUAUAAUGUUAUUUAUGUUAUGUAAUUAUAAUCAAUUUAAUCAACAACGUAUUGUUCAGCCAAUAUGGCCUAUGCCAUCACCAGUUAUUGCACCUACAAUUCAUUUGUAUUUACAAUCGAUAAAUAAAAUGGAACACAAUACAUACAAAUCAGUCAGUAUAAGAAAUCAUUCUGAAUUUUUUCUAAACAAUAUUAAUUGGUUUGUUAAAUAUUCUAAUGAACUUUUAACAUUUCGUGUAAUGCAACAAACCACAGUAUUACGUUUAACAUGUAUUGGUAGUUAUACACAAAAAUAUAUUGUUCAUAAACCGAUAGGCAAGUUAUGUUUUAGGUGGAAAACCUUAAAUCAUGUAAGUAAGUUUCUUAAAUAUAAUAAUGUUUUAAUAGUUCAAUUCAUGAAUCAAUUAAAGAUAGACCAUCAUGCAAAACCUGAAAGCACUGAAUGGUCGUUUAGUCCUAGCAUGGGAUUCAAAAGUGCGCAUCCACGAUCCCGCCUCGCGAGAUUUGAAACCAGGAACUAUCAGUCUCGUGAUUCUAUGACAAAACUAAAUUGUAGAUUUAUAGUUUCUUUUUGCUCUAACUUGUACUAAAAUAAUUUAACUCUUCCGUAAAUAAUUAAAAACUGACCAAUUCCCAAGUAUGUUUCGUUUGAUAAAUUAGUCUUUAGCUUACACAAAAGUUAUAAUGAAAACGUAAUUACAUUUUAAAAUUUAUUACAUUUUUAGGAAAAUGUAAAACUUUCCAACAUAUCUGAUUUUCAAGAACAUUAUCAGUUUCAUGAUGAAAGUACAUGGGAAAGAACAGAAUGUUUGACUACACAUCAAAUAUUUAAUAAGUUUUCAGUUCUUUAUGCUUUUUCAAAAUAUGAUCUAAAUCUAUUGAACACUUCAAAUGAAACUAAUCAAUCAGUAAAUAAUAGAUUCAUACUAUGUGAAGUAACCACACCAGAUAGAAUGGCACCAAUAAGUCGAAGAAUAAUUCAAAUAGUAAAGACCACCAAUCAAAUAUCAAAUAAAUUACAUAUAAGUUUUCAUUGUAAUUGCCUCAUGUUAGGUGGCAAUCAGUCCUCGUUUAAAGAAAAUUCUACUUUGGAUCUUCUUAUAAAAAACAAUUCACUUAACUUGAAUAUCUCAUUUUGGACACAACAUGAAACUGACGAUCAACCGUUCUGUAUUAUGAAACAUGGUAUACAUCAAUCUGACCAGAAAACAAAGGAAACACAAAUAAAUCUAAUCCGUACUAGAGAUACUUGGAAAUGUCUUGUGAAAAUGAAAAUUAAUUUGCCAAGUCAAACAAUUACCUUGUCAAUUGGAUAUGGAGAGACGAAGAGAACACUUCAAAUAUUUAUUGUCAAAUCUGUCCUGGAGUUGUCUAGAAAUGUUGAAAAUCUUCAAAGCCAAAUUACACAACAAUAUUAUCUUCAUUGUGUCCCAAAUGAUAUUGAAAGGAGCAUAGCUCGAAAACUCGGGUAUAAUUAUCCAAAUAAUGUGACUUGGUUUAUUUCAAUUGAUAAUCAUACUCAAAACUACACAACUUACGAUAAAACGCUUGAACAUACGUUCAAAUUAAUACCACUUUACAAUGCAACCGAUUAUCCUAAGAUAGUACUUAAUAAAACAGAAAAGUUAUGGGAACAUAUUAAUGAAAUAUCUCAUCUACGUAAUUUGUAUUUGAAUUAUUGGCCUGAGAAAUUAUGUGUAAGGUGUAGCAGUGUUUAUGAAAUAGGAAUGUACUUUAAUGGUCAAGAAAGUUGUGCAGCGUUUAAUGAUUUCAAUGUAAUUGAUACAUUCAAAAACACUGAAAACAAUCGUCAUAUUCAAAAUAUCAGGAAAAAAUGGCAGUUAUAUUUUGUUAUUGAAUUAAAUAACUCUUCACAAUUUCAUGAAGUAAACUCACAACUUAACAAUUCGGAAAUUUCUCUAGUUCAAAGUACAUCUAUGAGUUUAGAGUGUAUACGUAAAAUGCACACAAAACCUGAACAACUCAAACUAAAAGAAUGGCCUGAAUUGACCAUUAUUAAUACACAAAAUAGUACUGAAGAUCACUUGACUAAUAGCACAUUCUGGAUAUUAUCUCCUUAUUCUUUAAAGAUUAGAAAAAUAAUCCAUUUGAACAAAUCACUUGUUGUUCAUUUAAAAUGCUCAUAUAAAAGUGAACAAUUCGUAAUCAAAAUUCAUACGUUUAAACGAAAUGUACCGAAGAUUUUGAAACCAACUGAAAAUGUACAACUAAUUAGAACAAAUUUACAACAACAUACUGUAUUAAAUUACAGUAUUAAUACUGAUAACAUGACUAAAAAUAGCAUAGAAUUAAUAUGUCAAGCUGUUGGUUCACCAAAACCAAGUAUACAAUGGAUGAAAGCAGUUUAUAACCAGAGUGAAUCAUUUAUUAAAUGGGAAAAUGUACAUACAUGUUCAGUAGAUGAAAAUAAAAUACAGUUUAAUAUUAGUAUAAAUGGUGAUCAAGAAAUUCAAACGUGCAUAUAUAACAUAUCAACAUUACUGUUAACUUCAAAGGAUACUUUAAAUCAAUCACAUUAUCAGUGUUUAGCCAAAAAUAUUGCAGGCAAUGCAUUUAAACAAAUCAAACUGAUUUAUCUAGAUACUACUUCGAUUCAUUCCAAUGAAACCAUAAAAUUACAAAUGAUGAAGAAAUUCGUUUCAUGGAUUUAUUUAAUUAUAUUGCCAAUAAUUUUAAUUCUCAUUACAUUGAGUAUUAUUCUAUGGUUAUGUUAUAAAAUAAGUUAUAAAAAUCAAUGUUCUUCAGAUAUAUCACUUCCAAAUGUUCUUUAUAAAAAUAUUUAUAAUCGUCUUCAUUCAUACCAUUAUAAGUCAUCAUCAUCGUCAUUACUAACUUCAUAUAGUUUGAGUAAAGAUUAUAAGUCUAUUGAACAAGUGUUAAGUCAACUUUUAGGUUUCACUGUUAAUACUACUGUUCAAGAUACUACUAAUAUCACAACAACAACAACCACCAGUACUUCAAAAAGUUCUAUGAAUCAAAUCAAUAAAUGGAUUAUACCACGUAAAUUUAUCAAACGAUCCAAUUAUCCACUUGGUUCGGGGCAUUAUGGUUCAGUAUUUAAAGCAUGGUUACACAGUUCAUAUAUUAAAGAUACGUUGAAUAAUGAAUUCAAGGAUAUACUAUUAAGAGAGGAUACUGAAAAUUAUAUUGUUGCAUUGAAAGUAUCAUCCAUGGUUGAAAAAAGUACUGUUAACAGCAAUAAUACUAACGAUAGCAGUAAAUUAAUAUGUUUAAAAAAUGAAAUACGUAUAUUAUCAAACUUAACUAACUGUGAUAACAUAAUCAGAAUGAUUGGAAUAAUGUUUGAAAGUAACCUGAAGAGGAACAGGAGCCCAUUGAAUGGUGUGAAUUUGAUUCUUGAAUGUUGUAAAUACAAAAGUUUAGCUCAUUUUAUCCGAUGUCAUUCACAUCAAAUUGUAGAUAGUUUAAUGAAUUAUGAGGAGGUUCAACUGACCAAUUUCUAUAUGAAAGACACCAAGAUGAAUACUCAUGAUAGAACGACAUUGGGAGAGUAUAGAUUGACUGUAAAAGAGAUAUAUCGUUUCGCUUACGGAAUUAUAUCAGGUAUUGUUUAUCUGGUGAAGAAUUAUGUAAUACAUAGAGAUUUAGCCACUAGAAAUAUCCUAAUUAACCAUAAUUAUAUACCGAAGAUUAGUGAUUUUGGUUUGGCUGUACAAAUGACUCCAAUGAAUGGGUUAACAAAUGAUGAUAUCUAUAAUAUUGAUGGUGAAUUUAAUGAAGAUCAGCUGAUCGAUGAAUAUUAUCGUGUAUUGACGCCAAGAAAAAAAUUGCCUCUUCGAAUUCUACCACCUGAAGCAUUGUUACAACAUAAAUUUUAUUUUAGUUCAGAUAUAUGGCAAUAUGGUUUACUGAUAUGGGAACUAUUUCAUUUGGAAAAACGUGAACCAUUUCAAGAGAUUAAAACAUUUCAAGAAUUAGUAGGUAUGUUAUCAGAGCAUAAUCUUAAUAACAACAAGAAUAAUGGUACAGAUUGUAAUUCGAACGUUUCAGGAUACACGUUGAAGAAAACGACGAAUUGUCAGAGAUUAUUACCACCGUCCACAUUAGAUAGACCUAUACUAGUGAACGAUGAAUUAUGGGAGAUGAUGUGUCAAAUGUGGUCUUAUAAUCCACACAAACGUCCUACUGCAGCACAGAUUCACGAUAAGAUAAAAUACUUACUUGACGACACUAAGGAAACAUUCAGUUGCGUAGACUUUCAGUACAACUGUCAUGAACAUCGCCAUCAUAAACACCAUAUCUGUACAUACAAGAACUGUAAAUUUUUGUCAGAUACAUCUUUCAUUGAAGUUCAUAAUCACUUGAUACACAGUUAUGAAAACACAAUCCAGUCUACGUAAAUUCCCUGUCGGUAACACGCAUCUUAUCUACAGUGCUCAUUACCCUAUAAUGUAUAGAAACUAUUAACAUUGUUAUUAUUUUAAACGAUUUGGUCUUUCUAUUUUUACUCAUCCCGAAUGAAAUCAGUUGAAUU